AUGAGUUCGCUCGCUUUCCCCUGCCGCUCGUCACCACUGACGCCCGCCUCCAUUUCCCCUCCCGUACCGUCGCCGUGUAUAAAGAUCCGCCGCUCGCGACCAGCUGCUCCCCAUCGCCGCCUCAUCGCCGCCAGGAGUUCGAGUUCCCCCCGAACCGUCGCCAUGGCCGCCGCCGCUGCCGCUGCCGCACCGGUCAUCUCCCCGAAAGAAAAUCUGCCCCCUUCGCUGACCUCCACCUCCGAGCCCCCGCCCCUCUUCGGCGGCACGACCAGGCUGUAUGUUGCAUAUCACUGCCCGUACGCGCAGCGCGCUUGGAUUGCCAGGAACUACAAGGGUUUGCAAGACAAGAUCAAGAUAGUCGGGAUCGAUCUCGCAAACAGGCCGGCUUGGUACAAGGAGAAGGUUUACCCACAGAACAAGGUGCCUUCACUGGAGCAUAACAACCAAGUGAAAGGAGAGAGCUUGGAUUUGGUCAAGUACAUUGACAGCAAUUUCGAUGGCCCAGCAUUGCUCCCUGAUGAUUCUGCAAAGAAGCAGUUUGCUGAGGAGCUUCUUGUGUACACCGACGAGUUCAAUAAAGCACUAUACUCAUCCAUAACCUCCAAGGGAGAUGUGGCAGAGGAAACUGUUGCUGCGCUGGAUAAAAUAGAAGCUGCCCUGGGAAAGUUCAGUGAUGGCCCUUUCUUCCUUGGCCAGUUCAGUUUGGUGGACAUUGCAUAUGUGCCAUUUAUCGAAAGGUUUCAGAUAUUCUUUUCUGGUAUCAAAAACUAUGAUAUCACCAAGGACAGACCGAACAUUCAGAAAUUCAUCGAGGAAGUGAACAAGAUCGAUGCGUACACGCAAACGAAGCUGGACCCACAAUUUCUGCUUGAACACACAAAGAAGCGGCUUGGGGUAACAACAUAUUCCCUGAUUUUUCAGCCUUGGUUCAUUUUCAAACCAUUUUGCACUUACAAACUUCAACUUCCAGAUUGA